AGAUGGCGGAUCGGAAUAGAGCCACACUUCUGGAGUUAUUAAACAAACCGGGAAAUAAUGUUUGUGCUGAUUGUAAAAGUCAUGAUCCAGAAUGGGUUUCAGUGAACUUGGGAGCCUUUUUAUGUCCAGAAUGUGCCGGAUGUCAUAGAAAUUUAGGAACACAUAUCAGUCGAGUCAGAUCUAUAAAGUUAGACAACUGGGAAGAUGAUCAAGUUCAGGCUGUGGCAGAACUGGGUAAUGAGGUUGUGAACCAGAAAUAUGAACAGUUUUUACCAGCAUACUACAAACGUCCAACCAAAGAUGAUCCAGACUGGUAUUACACACAAAAAGAUUUACCAAAAGACAAAAGAUUCAAGCUCCUAAGAUCUGAAUUUGUCAAAGCUAAAUAUUCAAGGCAAGAGUUUAUAUACCCUGACAGACAAACUGCAUACUGCUCAGGCAUUAAAGAAGGAUUUUUAUAUAAACGUGGCCGAGAUGAUAAAGGCUUUAAAAGAAGACGAUUUUGUUUAACAAGAAAACUGAAUGGACAUAGUUUAUUAUAUUUUAUAAAAGAAAAAGAUACAGCACCAAAAUGUGAGAUAGAUUUAGACAGUGUAAAUGUUGUGUUUGCUAAAGACAAAAUUGGUGUAAAUCCCAACGGCCUGCAGAUCACAUACUUUGUAAAUGGUCAGACUCGUAGUUUGUUUGUGUAUGCAGAUGAUCCAAAGGUGAUGACAACUGAAAACAAGGAAAUUGUUGAUUGGUAUUAUGCUAUCAGAGCUGCUAAGUUUGAGUGGCGACGAAUAGCUCACCCACAACAAGAUGAGAUAGAGUUAGCUGAAGGUUUGACCACUGAUUUCACGUUAGAAGGAUGGUUACAGAAAAUGGGACCAAGAAAAACUGAUGGUUUUAAGAAGAGAUGGUUUACAUUAGAUAACAGAAAACUAAUGUAUUCUGAAGACCCUUUGAGCCCUUUCCCAAAAGGAGAAGUUUAUAUAGGCCACUCUGAUGGAGGGUAUGGGGUAACAAUGGGGGCCCGUGAUGUGAGGUCGAGUAUGGUAUACGUGUUUACUCUUAAUACUCCAGAAAGAGACUUUAUACUUAGUGCUGACACCAGGGAAGAUAUGAACCAAUGGAUAGAUGCAUUCAAAGAAAUACAAACAACAGAACCAACUUCCCAGGAUUUAAGACAGAAAAAGAUGUAUGAUCAAACUUUAGCCAUGAGAAAAUAGUGUUACGAAUGCUGAACAAUAAUUCAUGAAAGAGACGUCAGCUUUACAAAAGACAAUUAAGAUAGACGAUUAUGUAUAAUAAUGUGUUCAUAUUAUAAAAAUCCAUAUGUACAAAGUGUCAUCUUUUUGUAAACAGUAUAUUUAUUUAAUGUUGGUUUUGUUGUUAUAAAAGAUGUCUGGAGAAGCAACACAAGUUCUACAUACUUUAUACCUAACCUAGUUAUUGGACAUAUAGUGUAUUUAUAAUGGGUGAUGGAACAUGGUUUAAUUCGAAUUGUCUCUUGUUCUGCAUAGAAAAUCUCUACUAAAACCUAUGUAUGUUCCUUUCCUCACAACAAAUUUAUUAAAUGUGUAUGUCUGGUUGGUCCUAUACUUUGUUAAAGUAUAAAUUAUGUUGCUUUUGCAGACGCAUAAGUAAGUAGUUUUGCACUGCUUUUAAAAAUACCAUUUGAAGGCCAUUAUCUGAUUAAAUAUACUGGACUUCUGGGAUAGGGACAGUUGAAAAUCUAAUAGAUGUUCAUUGAAAAAAAUUGACAAACAUUCUAUCCCCCCACCCUCCUCCCCCUGUGUGGAGGUGACAUUACCCAUAAGUUGAUAUUUAGUGCAGACUAUGCCUUGUUGACAGUUACUAUGACAAUCUUUCUGAAGUAAUCAUGUGACAGGUGAGUGUAAAAUGAGAUAAUACCUGAAAAGCAGACUAUCUCCUUGUUUCUGUAUAAGUUGUGGCAAUUGUACUUUUGGCCACUUGUUUCUAUAGUUAUCUCAAAUGAGUUUUUAUUGUGUGUAUUCGAUUGACAUGUGCUCUGACAUGCCUGAUUUCACAUGGCUCCAUAGACACAUCUGGCAACCAGACAAAUAAAACAUGUUCAAUCUUAUCAUGGAAUGAGUGGCAAGGAAUAGGUUCUAGUUGUGAUGAUCCUUAAUCAGAUAAUUAACUUUCCAUGGUAUUUUUAUUUUUCAAUGCAGUUUAAAAGAUGAGUGCAAGAUAAAGAACAAUUUUAUUUUGUAAAAA